AUGUCUUCCCGCGAGCAGCAACGCCUCCAACGUACAUUACUCAGUGAGCCUACCUUCCGCGUCACAGAUGGCUAAUAUUUCACCAGGCGAAAAUUUACUUCUCCAAGCCGAGAAUGCGCGACUGCGCAAGGACCGCAACCGCAUCGGCGUAGAUGCGGACUUCUAUUUUGCGGGAGCCGACUCCCUGGAGAGGGAGGUUGACCUGCUGAGAGAGCAGGUCGACCGGCUGAGAGGGGAGAAUGGCUGGCUGAGAGAGGAGGUGACGCGCAAGGAGGGCAAGAUCCUGGAGCUGAAGAAGAGGCUGAAUAAGGACGCGAAGAAGAUCGUGAGGUUGAAGGAGGUGUUGCGGCGUUUCGUGGGGGAGUGGAAGACCGGCGGGAUCACCGUCGAGAGCCUGGAGGUGCUCGCAGAGGCCGCUGACUGGAAGGACAAGUGA